UGUUUUAUUUCCUUGAAUUUCAUCUGAUUCUUUUGAAUGCAGAGAAAUUUUGAUGAAACCUGUCAAAUGUUCUGCUGCUCACUAACUAAUGUAAUAUCCCAUUUUGAAGAAUGUGGACCAUGCCUUAACGAGCUCAGUACAACACUAUUGUUUAGGUUUCUGUUCUUUGUAAAGAAACAAUUUAUAGCUUGAAGAAAAAGUCAUGUUUGUCUCGUGGAAUGUCUUUACUUGACCAGUAGAUACAUGAAAGGCUAUUGACAUGUGCACAUAAAUCCUACAUGGACAUUAUGUAAAGAUCUUAUUCUCUGAUGAACACACCAUGACAACUGUUUGUAUCUGACUGAGACCUCUUAUAGUCAUAGGCAGGGUCAAGCUUUAAAUGAAACCUUGGAGAAGAGGGUGGGUCCAUCUUCCACUGAAUCAGCACGUUUGUAUCAGACAAACGGAGUGAAUAUUUAGCAUAGUUCCCACGAUUCUCCGUGUAGGUCUAAGCUGUUGGCGUGCUGUCAGAAUGUUGCCAAUCGUCUUUUUCUCAAGGGAGCUGUACUCCUCAUUUGCAGAGAUAUUUUCUUUUGAUUUGAAGAUUUGUACUUUGUACUCUUUAUAAUUUAUACUUAAACCGAUUUGCAUGGCACAUGGAAUGGUCCAAUACUCGGCAGAUCUAAACCUCCAGUUAUGUAAAUGUGCAGUGCUGAGAGUCAUUGAUACUGGCAGUUAAAAGCAGUAAUUGAUUAUGUAUUUAAUAUGGCAAUGAAGAGAUACAGUAAUUUGUAAUAUAACAUAAGUUCUUGAUUUCUACGCACUGUUACAGAGUCCAAAUUAGUGAUGAUGAAUGAUGAGAAGAAUAGAGCGGCCCCUCUUAAGUGGAAUUUCUCUCCUCCCAACCCCUACUUCCUGCUGAUGACGCUGUGUAUUGAGUGAUGGGUUGCCUCUGUCUCCAUUCCUGAACAGGCAGUUUGUGUAGAGAUGGAGAAAUCCUCCCACAUGCCAUCUGCUCCUAGCCAAGUCCUGGCCACACAUGCCAAAGGGGACCCACGGGACAUAGAGACCUUGUUGUCCUCACGGAGCUGUGUGUCUCUCGAGCCCUUCACACCGUGCAGUCUGUUGCAUGGCACUGGUCAGACUGAAACCCUGCUCAGGUCAAAUACAUGGGAAGAAGAAAUCCAAGUAGCUGAACAUUUUUCGCUUUUCUUUCCUUUUUGAGGGGCCUCAACUUCUGUUCAAUCACAAUGAUGUGGUGGGAAAGACGAGGCUGAGCCAUACUCAAGUUCUGUUCUCAUCCCUGUGACAUUGUUAUAUCUCUGUCACUGCGAAAACCUCAAUGGUUUAUGUCAAGGUCAUCGUCAGAGCUGAUUGCCACCUUAGCGAAAGAUAAUUUAAAACCCUUUAGCGUCUUUUGCACAAACCUGCAGAUAUAAUUUAUUGGUUUUCAUGUCACCCUUGCCAUUUGCCAUGGUCCAUUCUAGCAUAGAGUGCAGUAUGCUGUAUAUUCAUGCUUUAGUGCUGUGUCUGGAUUCCUUGGCACCUACACAGAUCAGGCUUGAGAUGGCUUUUGUUUCCCACAAAGACAGAGGCCUCUUCAAGGGUCCUGUGCUGUUUCUAGAAAAGAAAGUGUUUAGUUUGCCAGAAGGGUCCUCGGCUGAAUGGCUUUGACCUUUCCCCUUUUUGAAGAUGUCAGUCUGAAUUUUUUAUCUUGCUUGGGUGUACUGUAUCAGAGUGGUCCAGAAUGGGAAUAGAAAAUGCUGAUUAGCUACAUAUUGGAAGGAGAAAAUAGUGGGAAGAUGGCCGUAGUGCAAACAAGUGUUUAUCGCACAAAAGGAAGUUUGUUUGUCUGCAUGUUUAGAUACCAUAAAAUCACAUUCAACACAGUUCCAAAUCAGACAAAACAGACACUGCUUGUUACAAAUACGCCUCUGAUUUGGCUGUAAAUCAAUAUUGUUCAUCCCCUGUAACAGCCUUUGUGAUAAGGUCAUAUGCUAGAGUUUUUUCUUCCAUGUAAAAUAGUUUUAAGCAGCCAACAGUAAGGCCCACAUCACUGACGUCAUGCAAACUAUGUGCAUACUAUGGGCUGGCUGGUAAGUUACAGAGUAUUUUGGUGUAAAUACUAAUAAGCCCAUAAGAAGCGUGAGGAACUGCAAUGGAGAUAAAGCAUUGUUGUUUACACAGCUUUGAGUUGAAUACAAAAUAUGAUGUCUGGCUUCCCUCAUAAUUUCCUCCACAUAGGCAUCAUCAUAUUGAGUCAGUAUACAUGGUUGUGACCACAGACCAUAGACGGGUUAGCUGGCAACGUCACGAAAACUAUGCACGAUGGCCAGAUAGCAGGCAACAAUGACAAGAAGUAAGUGACUCGUUUCAGCUAGUUUUAUUUUUGUUCUUGAUACCAUGCCAUGUUUUGACUGAUGUCAUGUCUAUGCUAAUACAUGAGAGAGAGCGAGAGGCAGAGAGAGAGAAGCAGAGAGAGAGCGAGAAGCAGAGAGAGAGAGAAGCAGAGAGAGAGAGAAGCAGAGAGAGAGAGAGGCAGAGAGAGAGAGAGGGGCAGGGACAGAGAUGUGGUUGGUGAGGGAGGUGUAGGGAGCUCAUUCAUGAGAUGGGUGGGCAGAAUGGCCAUGGCACAGACAGAAGUCUGUCCACUAUGCUCUGUCUCUCCAGAAUCCUGCUGUUCGAUUGACCAAGAAAAUAGAAUUGACUGAUUGUGCGCCAAGGAUUUUAUCCGUUUACUGCACUAACUGGACACUGGAAUUGUGGAGAAACUCAAUGCAUUGGAAAGUCUUGUAGACGAUGGGGAAGAGGGAACCCUGAUACGAUUUCACUUGAAGGAUUGUACUUAUGAAAGUUUAUAGAUAAGGGCAUCUAGCAGUUCAACAGGAUCUCUGGAGGCCAUUCACUGUAGAGAUGAGGGCGCUGGUCAGAUCAACUCUAUUACUGCUGUUAUGGCAACGGCUGACUGCCAUCGAUGUCCCACUGGAAAUCAGACAGCCCCCCACCAUUAUAAAACAGUCGCUGAAGGAACAUGUCGUGGAUCCUAGAAACAACAUGGUGGUGGAGUGUGAAGCCAAAGGCACCCCCCACCCAAUUUUCUCAUGGAUGCGUAAUGGGAAGUACUUCAACGUGGCAAAGGACCCUCAGGCCUCAAUGAGGAGACGUUCGGGGACGCUGGACAUCUAUGCCUGGACUGACCCAGGGGCCUAUGAGGGGGAGUACCAGUGUGUUGCCACCAACGAGUAUGGCACUGCAUACUCAAACAAGAUCAACCUACACAUCUCUAAGGCCACUCUGUGGCCCAGAGAGGUGUUGGAGCCUGUAACAGUAAGUGUUGGUCUCCCUCUGGUCCUGGACUGCAGCCCUCCUCCAGGUCCUCCCAAACCUGAGAUCUACUGGAUGAGCAAGUGUUCCUCUGGUAGACCUUUCAACUGGCCUCACCAGCCCCACCCCCCAGUCAUGCUGCCUAUCAAACAGGACCGUAGAGUGUCUAUGGGGGUGAAUGGAGAUCUCUACUUCUCUCAUGUCUAUGUCAAUGACUCUGCCACCGACUACUGCUGCAAUGCACGCUUCCCCUACAAAAACAUUAUCCAGCAGAAGAUGCCUAUUACCGUCAGAGUCCUUACAAUGCGCAUGGUGUCUGAGGCCGCCCCCACCUUCUUGUCUCCAGCCGGAAGGUCCAGCUCCCAAACUGUCCUGCAGGGGGAGGAGCUGCUCCUCGAGUGCAUCGCUGCUGGAGUUCCAACCCCUGUCAUCACAUGGACCAAAGAUGGAGAUGAACUGGACACAACCAACAUUAAGGUGAAGAACUACAACAAGUUGUUGCAGAUCCCCAAGGCCUCGUUUGAGGACGCUGGUGAAUACACCUGCACAGCUACUAACACAAUUGGAUACCUGGAACACACCAUCGCUGUCCAGAUCAAAGCGGCUCCAUUCUGGUUGGAGAAACCCGGUAACCUGGUUCUGGCCCCAGAGGAGAAUGCACGUUUAGUGUGCCGCUCUGACGGCAUCCCUCGGCCCAGUAUCCGCUGGUUUAUCAACGGAGAUUCAAUCGAAGAUGCCACUCUGGUUCCAAACAGGCAGGUGUCAGGUGAUACAAUUACCUUCCAGUCAGUCACUGUAGCGAACACGGGUGUUUACCAAUGCAAUGCUUCCAACCAGUAUGGUUACCUGUUUGCCAAUGCCUACAUCAGUGUACUGAAUGCAAUACCACGUAUCCUCAGGCCCAAGACUGCCCUGGUGAAGGUCAUUGAGGGCAGCUGCGCCUGGCUAGACUGCCUCUAUUUUGGCUCGCCCGUGCCCGAUCUGCGCUGGUCUAAGUAUGGACUUGGAAAUCUAGAGGGAAAUCGCUUUAAAGUACACAGCAACGGGACCCUGCAGAUCAGAGGCACCUGUAUGGACGACCAGGGGACAUACCUGUGUAUUGUCAGCAACGCCGCCGGACAAGACGAAAACCGGGUCAAAUUAGAGGUCAAAGAGUCCACCAAAAUCCUCAAAUGGCCAGACAAUAUGAGAGUCCUCCGAGGGACUGAUGUCCGGUUGGAGUGUAAGGCCGAACAUGACCCCACAGUCACCGUCACCACAACCUGGAUGAAGAACAAACAGUUCCUCAUCAUAGGCUGGAGGCUGUCACUGGAUGAUUCAACGCUGGUCAUUACAAACGUCAACAGACGAGACGAAGGCAACUACACCUGCAUCAUCAAGACUGAGAUAGACAAGACCUCUAUCUCCGCCCGCCUGGUGGUGAUGGAUCGUCCAGACCCUCCUACAAACUUGAAGUUGUCUCACUCCUUUGAGCGCAGUGUCAGGCUUUCCUGGACCCCUGGAGAUAGCAAUCACAGCCCUAUCAAAGAAUACCUUGUGCAGUAUGAUGAUGACGACUGGUUACCUUACAACUGGAGAAACCUUUCCACAUACCCUGGAAACCUCAACUCUGUCAUUCUGCAACUGUCACCAUUCAUUAUCUAUGAGUUUAGGGUCAUUGCUAUCAAUGAUAUUGGAAUGAGUAAACCCAGUCGCUCGUCCGCCAACUUCCAGACUGGUGGAGCGCCCCCAGACACUAUCCCUAAAAAUAUCAAAGGAGUGAGCACAUGGAGAAACAACAUGGAGAUCAGCUGGGAGGCACUGAACAACAGAGAUUGGAAUGGGCCCCACCUAAAGUACUUGGUGUGGUGGAAACGGAGGGAUUCCAGGGAGGAGUGGAAGAACGCUACCACUUGGUGGUGUAAAUACUACAUUUACGACGCAGACACCUUCACACCAUACGAGAUAAAGGUCCAAGCUGUCAAUGACUUUGGGCUGGGCCCAGAGUCCCGAGUCAUCAUAGGCUACUCUGGAGAAGACCGUCCCACUGCUGCCCCUGUCAAACUGCGUGUGUCCAGGAUAGAGGCCACCAAGGUCACCGUUCACUGGGACCCUGUGGCUCGCAGCAGCAUCAUGGGUGAACUGAAGGAGUACAAGGUGUACUUCUGGCGAGACAGUAGCCAGCUGAGGUGGCUGAGUGUGAGCAGGGCCAUGAAGUCUAAAGCCUUUCCAGCCAGCGGGCCGCGUCUCUCUGGUGUCCUGCCGGGACUCAUCCCUUACAGCAACUACAAAAUGUACAUAGUGGUGGCCAACAACCGAUACGAGGGACACUCCAGUAACACCAUAGAGUUCUCCACUCCAGAGGGAACACCCUCUGCUCCAAGAUUCUUCAGAAUCCAGCAGAGACAUUUGGACACUAUCUGGGUGGACUGGGACACUCCAGCAGAGCCUAAUGGCAUCAUCACCGGAUACAUACUGAAAUAUCAGACAGUGAACACAACCCGGGAGGAGGAACUGCGUGUUGAGGAAUUUCCCGCAAACACCACCAGUUUUACAGUGCGCCGAUAUGAUCGCUACACCCGCUAUAGAUUCACCAUAGCAGCACAGACUAGAAUUGGGGUAGGAGAGUGGUACACAGAGGAAUCACCCCAUUAUACAACUGAAGCAAAUGCACGGGAGCAGGUGGACCUCUCCACUCAGGGCUGGGUCAUUGGUGUGAUGUGUGCUGCGGCCCUCUUCGUGCUCAUCCUGCUGGUCGUCUGCUUUAUCAAGAGGAGCCGAGGGGGGAAAUACCCAGUACGGGACAAGAAAGAAGUGACAUUGGAGCCAGUGGAUGAUAACGAUCAGGAGGGAUCAUUUGACUAUCGGUCUCUGGAAAGGAUAAGCUGUGUCACCACCAUUCCCUACUCUGCCCAACGGGAGGAUGAGAGUAAAGUCAGGAGGGGUCAGACGACAGUCGACACCAUGAUGAAAUGAACAGAGUGACGACAGUCUGGUGGAGUACGGUGAUGGACGGGAGAUUGAGUUCAACGAGGACGGCUCCUUCAUUGGCCAGUACACUGGACACAAGGAGAGGGAUGACAGAGACCCAGAAUUUAGGGAGAGUAGGAGCCAUGAGGCCCUCUCCCCCAUGAGCAACAUCUACUCAUUUGCAUAAGGAGACAGGACUUACAAUGUGUGCUGUGGUGACCUGUCAUUCAGGGCAGGUGGAGCAGAGCCUGUUUUGCAUGUUAUUUUGGCAUUAAUACGUGUCACAUUAGUGUGCAAACCAAGUCAAAUAAAAAA